UCUUUUACAUUUUUCUUUUGUCCUCUCUUGUACUAUACGUUAGCACUUUUCCUACUGUGAUACCCUAUAUAACAAAAGCAACUGAUAAUAUUUUUUUUAGUACCACAGCCAUAGUUGAAUCUCACAAAUCACAAAAAAAAAAAAAAAAAAGUAGCACCAAAAUCUUGAAGUUGAAAAAGGGUGUUGCUCUACUGUGUUACUACUAUCUUGAUCUGUAGUUUCUGUGUUGACUGAUAUAUAGAAGAAAUGGCGAACAUAGACAUAGCUGGAAUCAUGAAGGAUCUGCCAAAUGAUGGGCGUAUCCCAAAGACCAAAAUUGUUUGCACUUUAGGGCCAUCUUCUCGAACAGUGCCGAUGCUGGAGAAGCUUCUUCGUGCUGGCAUGAACGUUGCCAGGUUUAACUUUUCCCAUGGGACCCACGAGUACCAUCAGGAGACCUUGAACAAUCUUAAGAUUGCUAUGCAGAAUACUCAGAUUCUGUGUGCUGUGAUGCUCGAUACCAAGGGGCCUGAGAUUAGAACUGGUUUCUUAAAGGAUGGGAAACCGAUUCAGCUUAAGGAAGGUCAAGAAAUCAUUGUAUCCACAGACUAUACCAUAAAAGGAAAUGAAGAAAUGAUCUCAAUGAGUUAUAAGAAGUUGGUAGUGGACUUGAAGCCUGGCAAUACCAUCUUGUGUGCAGAUGGUACAAUAACCCUUACGGUUUUGUCAACUGAUCCACCGGCUGGAACGGUGAGAUGUCGCUGCGAGAAUACUGCCACCUUAGGAGAGAGGAAGAAUGUAAACCUUCCAGGUGUCGUUGUGGACCUUCCAACACUUACAGAGAAAGAUAAAGAAGAUAUACUAGAGUGGGGUGUUCCUAACAACAUCGAUAUGAUUGCUCUUUCAUUUGUCCGUAAGGGUUCAGACCUUGUCAAUGUUCGCAAAGUUCUCGGCCCACACGCCAAGCGCAUUCAACUAAUGUCAAAGGUUGAGAAUCAAGAAGGGGUUGUCAACUUUGACGAAAUUCUUCGUGAGACUGAUUCUUUUAUGGUUGCUCGAGGUGAUCUUGGAAUGGAAAUUCCAGUUGAGAAGAUUUUCUUGGCCCAGAAAAUGAUGAUAUACAAGUGUAAUCUUGCUGGGAAGGCUGUGGUAACUGCCACUCAAAUGCUUGAAUCAAUGAUCAAGUCUCCACGACCCACCCGUGCUGAGGCUACUGACGUGGCUAAUGCUGUCUUGGAUGGCACUGAUUGCGUUAUGUUAAGUGGGGAAAGCGCGGCUGGAGCCUACCCUGAGCUGGCGGUAAAAAUCAUGUCACGGAUCUGCGUCGAGGCGGAGUCUUCACUUGACUAUGCAGCUAUCUUCAAGGAAAUGAUCAGGUGUACCCCACUGCCAAUGAGCCCAUUGGAGAGUCUUGCAUCAUCAGCCGUCCGUACGGCCAACAAGGCUCAUGCAAAACUCAUUGUCGUCCUGACACGUGGCGGGAGUACUGCAAAGCUGGUUGCCAAGUAUAGGCCUGCUGUUCCUAUUCUGUCAGUGGUUGUACCUGUUUUGACUACAGAUUCUUUCGAUUGGUCCGUUAGUGACGAGACACCAGCUAGGCACAGUUUGGUGUAUCGGGGCUUGAUUCCAAUUCUUGCUGAAGGGUCUGCGAAGGCAACUGAUUCAGAAUCAACUGAGGUGAUCCUUGAAGCUUCCCUGAAAUCAGCAGUCACGAAAGGGCUAUGCCAACCUGGUGAUGCUGUCGUGGCACUUCAUCGUAUUGGUUCUGCAUCCGUUAUCAAGAUUUGCAUCGUGAAGUAAUCGUCGUGUCACAAAACUUCGAUUCUUGAGCCCCAACUGGAGCUCGUACUGAUUUCCUUUCUGCUUUCUGGUCUUGAUAAUAAUGCAUUAAUAUGCUGAUUUUGUCAGUGUCCUAGGAUUACUUUGUUUCAUGUUAAUUCCAUAUCUCCUUCAAACUGGAUUUCAAAUAAAUAUGUUUUCGUGCAACAAUACCUUUAGGGCUCGUUUGGUAUGAUGGAUAGAGAAAUAUAGUUCUGGGAUAAAAAUUAGUAUUGCCUUAUCCCACGUUUGGUUGGAAAAAAAAAAUUCAGGAUAACUAGUCCCGGGAUUAGUUAUCUCGGGAUUAGAGUGUAAUUUAUCCUAGGAUUAGUUAUUCCGGGAUAAGCUGUUUCCAACCAAACGAGACCUUAUUGUAUGAGGAGAGAAGGAUAAAGAUAGUUACUUUUGACUUUCUUGAGGAUUUUUAAAAUGUAGUACACUGGAAAGAGUUCCAUUGACAACUGAUUCACAAUUGUUCCAAUGGUUCUGCUUCAUUUUGGAUAUCAGUGAAAAUUGCUACAGUAUUAUCUGUUCCUAUA